UGCGUUUCCUACCAUGAUUUCCUUGAUAGAGGGUAACUGCUUACAAGGAAAUAUUGAAUCAAGGGUUCCGAGUGGUAAAGUUGAAGUCAUCUUCCGCCUAUUUUUGAAGUAAUUUGAGUAUGAUUUCAGUGAUUACGAACAAUAUUUGACAUGCUAUAAUGUAUUACUGUUUUGUUUAUACCUGAUGUUUUCCCUACUUAUUUUAUCGGUAUUUCAGAGAUGACGACAGAAGAAUUUACAUGUCCAAUAUGUUUUGACGGAAUCAUAUUACCAAAGAUACUUGAAUGCGGGCAUACGUUUUGUUUAAAAUGCAUAAAAGAUUAUUCCGACGACAUAAAAACCGACAAUAGAGAUUUAGUAUGUCCACUGUGUCGAUCUAAGUUUAACCUGCCAAAGAGAGGACCUAGUCAGUUAAUCACAAAUUAUUUCGUUAAUAUACCAAAGCCACAAAAGUAUUGUCUUAACUGCCAGAAAACAGAAAAAAUAUCAAGUUUUUGUCUUGUUUGUGGUUCAUUAUUUUGUAAAAAGUGCUUUAAGUCUCACAUUCACUCAAUCGUUAAUAACAACUCCCCAGAUGACGAAAACGACGAGGAUGAACUUUCAAUCCCACUACACUUGUUGCUACAAGGAGUUCGAACAAUGUUUACUUGUAAACUGCAAUCUUACUUUGUUAUAGACAUUCCACAAAACAACGACGGGAGUCAUAUCAUUCAUUCUGUACGAGCGUCUAAAUAUGGAGGAGUUUAUGUUGUGCCCGAUCAAGUUAAUUUCAUUUUAAAGUUUGAUCAGACUGAUAGAAUACAAGAAAAAAUAAGGAUAAAGACACCGCCCCAACUGCAGUGUAGUGGAGUUAUCGAAACGGACAUUAACACUUUGCUGGGGACAUUUCCUGUUAAGAAAUUAAUACUGAAAUACGCAUCCAGUUGCUGGUCCAUCUUCGCAACUUGCUAUGACUUUCAUCCACUUGAUUUGGUAGAAUUGUCCAAUGGAAAUAUACUGGCGUGUGGCCCAAAUCGUUUGCUGGUGCGUAAGGAAAAGUUUAUCAAACGAACAGGGAAUUUGCAGGUAUACUCAAUUCGAGGAGAACCAUUGUUCAGAUUAGAUAAGUUACUGGGCAACACUAAGACUUUAGCAUAUCCAAGUAUACUGGCUUACGACAAAAAUAGGAAGGCCAUAUCUGUGGUCGACCAAGAAAACAAAGAAAUGAUAGUGAUUCACGAAAAAGACAAAUCGUGUUAUACUUACAACGGGAGUGGCAGGCCGAUUGUUCCAUUUCCAUUAUCAUUAUUUGGAAUAGGUGACAGUUGCCGUGUACAGUUUUUUCCAUUAGGACUCUGUGGCAGUUCAAAUGGACUUUUCAUGAUGACUUCCAACGAUGAAUGUCUACAUAUGGUAGAUCGAUUCGGAAAACUGGUUGGAGUUGGACAGACAGACGACAAUGAUAACUUUGGAAGACUCGUUACAAUUGACGAGAAAGGAGGUAUAUGGUGUAGUGAUCCGCAAAAUGGUGCCAUCAAAACUUUCAAGGUUAUAAAUUACAGGAACGAACUCGACGGUAAUAAAAAGUCUGGUAUCCGUGGCAAUAUCACGUCUGGUAACCGUAUAAGUGUCACAUCUGGUAUCCGUGGAAAUAUCACGUCUGGUACCCAUGGAAGUGUCACAUCUGGUAUCCGUGGAAAUAUCACGUCUAGUAUCCAUGGAAGUGUCACAUCUGGUAUCCGUGGAAAUAUCUCUAUAUCGAAUAGAUCACAAUUUGUUCCAAUAUAAAAAAACAAAAAACAGUCUUAUUUUCUUAACGUUCCAUUUUUUCGACUUGUUUACGUCAUAAUUCAACAAAAGACAUCUCACCAUUUUUUGGAUGCAUUAAUAUGUUUGCCUAAUGACGAUACCAAUUGUGUGUCAGUUCUCCAUCUUUUUAAAUGGAUAUUUUUGGAUAAAAAAUAGGGAUAUAUCGAAGUCCAAACUUUUUUGGAAGGUUUUUUAUUGAUAGUUUUUUGGAAGAUAUUUUACUGGUAGUUGAAUUCUUUGCAUAAAAACGAUGACGAUAAGUUAUGGGGCAGCCUGACUAUUAAAAUUUUUGAAAUUAAACAAA